AUGGAGGAUCAGCGCAGGCCGAGUCAUGCCGCGGGAUAUCCAGCCUCGGCCGACACCAAGCGCGGCGGCAACUUGGCUGCCGCCGACACCGAGGGCGGCAGGGCACUGGCUGCCGCAAGGCGUGCCCAGCGCCGUCUCGGCCUCAGGGAAAAGCCAGCGCGCACCAAGAGAAAUCCGGCCUCUGCCGACAGUAGAGGCCGCCGGUCCUCGCCGCCGCCGACGAGAAGUUCGGACGUUCCGCGGGACAUUCGGCCACAGCCGACAUGGAGGGCCGCCGGCCCUUCGCCGCCGACGAGAAGUUCGGACGCGCCGCGGGAUAUCCAGGCUCUGUCGACACCGACGGCGGCAGGGCGCCGGCUGCCGCAAGGCGGGCCUAGCGCCGUCUCGGCCUCAGGGAAAAGCCAGCGCGCACCGAGGGAAAUCCGGCCUCUGCCGACGGUGGAGGCCGCCGGGCCUUCGCCGCCGCCGACGAGAAGUUCGGACGUUCCGCGGGAUAUUCGGCCACAACCGACUUGGAGGGCCGCCGGCCCUUCGCCGCCGUCAAGCGGGACUAGCUCGGCCGUAGUCUCGAUCGGAAGCCAGCACUCGCCGCGAGCCAUCCAGUCCCGGCCGGCCAGCAGGGCCGAGAUCCCCGCCACAACUCCGGCCGCAGCCGGGCUGCUUGCCGAGGACCUAGCCAGCGCGCUGCGGCACCUCGACGAGGAGUUCGAGGCGGGCGAGAGGCUGGCUAACGAGCAGACGUGGUGUGCGCCGGUGCCGCGCGAGAGGCAGGUGAGGACGGUGCGGAAGUUCUACCGGGCGUUCCACGACGCUGGCACGCUGCCGAUCGCGACCUGCACGCUAUGCUACCGGAAGCGGGCCAAGGGGGAGCUGAGGGAGAUGGCGUGGGAGGGGUGGGAGGGGUGGUCGCGGAGCGGUGUUGCGGGGGGCGGGCGGUCCCCGUUCGGGUGCCAAGCCUGCUUCCCGGAGGGCAGGCCGGUGGCGGUCUGCGCAGAGUGCGCGCGAUGGGCCGGGCGUGAGGGGGCGUCGCCGGCCAUGCACCUCCAUGGGCGGCUCGGCUGCGAGCACGCGUACCCCGACGAGCUAAAGGACCUCACGCCGCUCGAGGAGAAGCUCAUCUCGCUCAACUCGUGCUACGGCUUCGUGACGAAGUAUAGCAUCCCCGGCGGCCAGAGGCAGAGCGUGCUCCCGCACCCGCUGGUCCGGGUCAUGGACGAGAUCCACGUCUCGUGGCAGGGCGCUGAGAGGCCCGGGCCGCGGGACCUAUCAGGCCUGCUGUCGGUAAGGCGGUCGGCGGUCGAGAGGGCGCUGGCCUGGCUCAAGGAGAACAACCCGCUCUACGGCGAGGUCGAGAUCGACGCGGCGGAGAUAGCCAGCUGGGGGGCGCCGCCGCACGGGGUGCCGCCGGUGGUGUGCGAGCGGCUGGAGCGAAACGAGCCGUCGGCGCGGGAGAGGACGCAGACGGCGCAGGUGGUGCCGCCGUCGGAGCGGGCCAUGGACGACGGAGGCGCGGCCGAGAUCGAGGAGGUCCUCGCGAUGCUAAGGCAGGGCCAGGACCCCGCCGAGGGGAGCCGCGACGUCGGGCUCACGUGCGAGGACGACGACAGGGACGGCGCUAGGCCCGAAGAGGACGGGGACGUAAUCAAUGAGGUAACGUCUUCCGGCAUGUUCCCGUUAGAUGGGGCGCCAGAUGUGGCCGACGCCGAGAAGAUUCGCUUCGCCGCGACGCGAGGGGCGGCGGGCGACGGCGGCGACGGCGAGCCGUACAUACAGGUGCGACGCGGCGAGGAUUUCGCCGACUCGGCGGACGCCUCCUUCUUUGCAAAGGCCUUUCCGACCCUGUUCCCUUUGGGCGCCCAGGCGGAGCGGGUUGCAGAGGGCCUUAUGUCGACGCGGAACAUGAAGCUCCAGGCAUGGGCCGACGUCGUGCUGCGGCGUCACGGCGGCCGGUUCGCGACGCACCCUAUCUUCGCCUUCCUUGUCUUUAACAUGGGCGUGCGGUCUAAGAACCGCCAGGCCAGCAUGCUAGGCGUAGCGAGGAAGAACUUCGCAAGGGUCGAGGGCCUACUAAAGUCGUUAACGGCGCAGAGGCUCGAGGCGGCCAGGGCCGAGCUCGAGGCCACAGGUAAGACUAGCGACGACGGGGUAAAAGAGCUCCUCCGGUCCCUCUCCGUGUUCGGCUACCGGCAGCCAAUGUCGAGGGAGAGCCGCCUUAGUAUGCGGAAGAAGAUACUAUCCCUCAUCGUUAGGUACGGGGUGCCGGCUAUCUGGUUCACGCUGAACCCGAACGACAUUACGAACCUAGUAAAGUUACGGCUAGCGGCGCACCGCGGCCGCGACCCCGACGAGGCCGAGGCCUUCCUAAGUGACCUAGGGACCGCGUAUAAGCGGACGCGGCUGGCCAUAUCGGACCCGAUGAGCUCGGCCGUCUUCUUCCACCGGGAGAUGACGCUCUUCUUCGAGCACUACGUCAACGUCGGGGAGGAGUCGGUGUUCGGCCACGUCGGCGCAUACUACGGGGCGGUAGAGACCAACGAGCGAGGCGCCCUCCACAUCCACGGGCUCCUCUGGCUAAGGGGCAACGCGGGCAUUGGCGACGCGCUCGCCGGCCCGGACGCGGAGGAGCAGGCGGCGUACCGGGAGCGCAUCGUCCGCUACGUAGAUAGCGUCUUCUCUGAGGAGCUAGACGCAGAAGGUUACUGUGCCAUGCAGGCAGAGCGGUCGGCCACGGCGGACAUAUCGUCGCGGCUCGACGACGUCGCGCGCUUCACGGACACCUUCGACGAGGAGGCCAACUUCUGCGCGGGCGCGACGCAGAUCCAUACGCAUAGCGCGACCUGCGCGCCGUGGAGGUUGGUGGAGAGGACGGCGCUGACGGCGGACGGGGUGCUCGAGAUCCGGCGGACGCAUAGCAUGGUGAACCGGUGGAACAGGGCGAUGGCAGUGGGGCUACGACACAACCACGACAUCUCGUUCAUCGCGACGCAGCGCAAGACCAUGGCCCUAAUCUACUAUAUUACUAACUAUGCGACGAAGGUAGAGGACCCGGUGUGGAAGCGUGUGGCCGCCGCGGCCGAGUUCCUUCCUGUGCUAGAGCCGACGGGAGAGGGCAACAGAAGUGGCGCCGACCGCGACGGGAAUAAGACGAGAACGUUCCUGCUUAAGGCGGCGAAUCGAGUCUUUACGGAGCGGCCGCUGUCGCAGGUCGAGGUGAUCGCGCACCUCCUAGGGUACCCGGCGGAGUUUAGCAGCGGCUCAGCGUGGGCGUAUAUAAACGCAAACCAGCUCUACUGGGCCGUCUUCCGCCGGUGGCGGCACCUCCGACGGGCGAGCGGCGCCGAGGCGACGGGCGACGCGCCGGACGAGACGGUCGUCGUCGAGGAGGCUGGCCUGAGGAUCCCUCUCGUCGAGGCCUACCGGCACCGGGGCGAGCUCCUGCGGGGCCUCUGCCUUUAUGACUACGCAUCGCUUGUAAGGUUAAAGCAAAACGGCAGCGGCGCCGACGGGGGCGAGGAGGCAUACCGCGCCGGCGGGGCGGGCGACGCGGCCCGGCUCAUCGACGUCGUCCGGAACGCCGCCAGCGCGGGACAAGUCACGGCGCAGUCAACAGAGCUGCUAGCGAUGACGCAGCAGCUCUGCCGGUUCCAGCAGUCGGCGCUCGGGUCGGCGGCCGAGCUCGCGGCGACGGUGGUGGCGGACGAGAGGGCAGGCAGGCGGGUGAACCUACCGGGCUCGGCGCUGUCGGGGGCGGCACUGCCGCGGCAAGAAGAGGUGCGGGCCAUCAAGUCGCAGCAGAGGAGCGCGGCGCGGGAGCGGGAGCGGGCGAUCCAGGGCAUCCAGGGCGGCGGGGCGGCGGCGGGCGACGACAUCGACGUAACGGCGGCCGACGGCGACGCAGACGCAGGCACGGCGGCGGGGAUGCGCGUGCGGCUCGGCCCGUCGAGCUCGUUCGUCGCCGCCGGCAGGGAGCUGGCGGGCCAGCUCACGCUCAACGAGAAGCAGGCCAUCGCCCUCCUAAUCGUGUGCCGGCAACUCGACCGAAUCCGGCAGGGCGACGACGCAGGCGGCGACGGUGGUGGCCAGCUCUGCCUAUUCAUCGGCGGCGAGGGCGGCACCGGCAAGUCGCGCGUCAUCGAGGCGCUCGUCGAGCUGCUCGCCCGGAGGGACCUAUCGAGCCGGGUACUGGUUACGGCGACGUCGGGGACGGCGGCAGCGCGGAUCAACGGCAUCACGCUGCACUCGGCCUGCGGCCUUACGGUCGGCCAGGGCGGCCGGGCGGGAGGGGCGACGAGGGACAUUGACGGCGUACGGCUGGCGGGCCAGGGCGAGCGCUUCGUCGACGGCCGGUCGCGGAUGGACUGGCAGGAGAAGGAGGUGCUGGUGAUCGACGAGGUCAGCAUGCUCGGGGCGCGGACGCUGCACGCCGCCAACGAGCAGCUCUGCCGGCUGCGGGGGUUCCGGCCGGUGCAGGAACGGUCGAUCCUGCUGCCGAGCGCGGCGGUGGCGUGGGACGAGGACGGGGCGUUCGCGGCCGAGCAGCGGCGGCAGCACGACAAGGCGCACGCGCUGUGGCGGCGCUUCACGACGGUCGUCAUGCUAGACGAGCAGAUGCGGGCCGCCGGCGACCCGGAGCUGCGGCGGCUGCUCGGGCGGAUCCGCCGGGGCGAGCAGGACCGGUCGGACCUAGAGCUGCUCAACUCGAGAUGCUACCGGCCGGGCAGGCGGAUCCCGUGGGAGACGGGCCUGACGGUGGUGACGCCGCUCAACCGGAACCGCUGGAACCUCAACCUAGAGGCGGCGCUCGCGUUCCGGGAGAGGCGGCGGACGGCGGCGCGCGUCUUCCUCUCCGAGCAUAAGUGGAGGGACGGCGUGCCGACGGAAGAGGAGGCGGUGCUAAUGCUAGGCCAGGGCGACGACAGCGCGACCCCGGUGCCGGCCGUCUUCCUCUUCGUGCCAGGCAUGCCGGUCGUCGUGAACCAGAACACGCACCAGGGGCUGAAGCUUGUGAACGGGGCCGGGUACACGGCGGUGGACGUCAUCCCCGACCGCGCCUUCCCGGCCACCGCGUCUCGGCGGAGCUCAUCAUGCACUUCGGCCGCCGGCGGGCAUCGUGCUGGCCUCGGAGACGACCAAGGACUUCCACUUCAUCACAGCGCAGCGGAAGCGGCCAUGGCAGCGCAACGACGUCAGCCGGAGGGCCUGCCGUGCGCCGCGGCCUUCGCCUGCACCGACUAUAAGGUGCAGGGCGGGACGCCAGAGCGCGUGGCGCUGGAGCUGCGGGGGCGAGGAUGA